AUGGACAUGCAAUACAUUUUACUUCAUAAAAAUUUUCAGUCUCAUACUCAGGGUAUAGAAGUAUCUACUGGUCCUCUUGGUCAAGGUUUUUUCAAUGCCGUUGGAUUGGCCAUGGCUCAGGCUUAUGAUUGGCAUACACAAUAUUUACCUAAUGGUGAUGACGAUUUAGAUGAAAAAUUUUUCCAUGUACCAGAUGAGGUUUAUGAAUAUGGUAAACGUUUUUGUGAAAGGGGCGCUAAAGCAGAAGCAGAGUGGAAUCAACUUUUGGAAAAGUUCUCCAGUAAAUUACCGGCCAAUUGGGAAAGCCAUUUACCUACCUCGCUAUACCCCAUCCGAUCCUGCCCUUGCUAUCAAAAAAUUGUCUUGAAUAAGAUCUGCGAUGUACUUCCAGAACUCAUUGGUGGCUCUGCAGAUCCAACAGGUUCUAACUUAACAAGGUGGAAGACUGCCACCGAAUUUCAAGCUGAUUCUACGGGAUUGGGUACAUAUAGUGGACGAUAUGGGGUUCGUGAACAUGCUAUGUCUGCUGCUAUGAAUGGUCUUGCUGCCUACGGUGGUAUAAUUCCAUUCGGGGGUUCAUUCUUGAACUUUAUUAGCUAUGGUUUGGGUGCUGUUCGUUUAUCAGCACUUUCAUCACUUCGUGUAAUCUAUAUAAUGACUCAUGAUUCCAUCGGUUUGGGUGAAGAUGGGCCAACUAAUCAACCCAUUGAAACUGCUGCUGGUCUCCGUGCAUUGCCGAAUCUUCUAUUUUUAAGACCUGCUGAUGGAAACGAAGUUUCCGGUACAUAUGUUAUCGCGAUCAAAAACCUUGAACGUCAUUCAGUACUUGCUCUUUCGCGUCAUAAUGUUCCUAAUUUAGAAGGUUCCUCAAUUGAAGGCACAGUUAGAGGAGGAUAUAUAUUAAAAGAUUGUCAUGAUGCACAAAUUAUCUUAACAGGCACAGAAGUUUCAAUUGCUGUUGAUGCUGCAAAUUUAUUAGAAAAGAGGGCAUUAAAGUAUGCACACGCAAAUUUAGGUAUGGAAUCCUUUGGCUCUUCCGGUCCUUACAAGGAAUUGUAUAAAAAAUAUGGUUUAACUCCUGAGAAUGCUGCAGAUAAAGCCAAACAAAUGAUAGAAUUUUAUAAAGUUCAUCCUGUUCAUUCACUUAUUAACAAACCAUUUAAAUAA